GGACUCGAUCUCAGUUCCAUAGUUUAAUGUCGUAAUAAAUAAACUGAUCUCGGGCCACCCGGCACACUUUAAAAAUAAUUUUAAGUCAAAGUCAAAAUUGACCAGUAGCGCAAUUACAAUUAGAGUUUUGGUAAAAUUUGCAGUGCAGUGAGUGCAACAGUGAUCGAAUCAACAACACAAGGUUGACCGCAUCCCAAUCAGAUUAUUACAUAACGGGUCGUCCGGUUAUAUAACCAAACCAAUCGAAAAAUUAAUAGGUGUGAUUUAUCGCGCAUGUAGUUUACCGGCCUUGUGCGACUUUCAAAAAAAAAAAAAAAAAUUGGAUCCACACAAAAUUUCCACAAUCGCUUAUCCCGCUAAUGUGAUUGGUCAAAUUUUUAAACAAUUAGCGGCAUCUGUUAAAUUCCACCAAUACCGGGUCGUUUUUUUUCCUCCCAUUAAUUUUUUAAUUUGUCCUUUGUUUGGAAACCUUUUGACAUGAGUAUGAGAGGGAACUUCACGUCAGUCCGACAGAUCAAGUCGGCCGUGGGUGAAUUUCGUGAGUUUCUUUCGAAUACCCAAAGGAAGGGCCUCGCGGGAACCCUAAAAUACAGAAAUAUGGCGGGCGCUGCACCUUCCCUUACUCUGGACAACAUGAACCCCAACAUUAAAGCCUUGGAAUAUGCUGUCAGAGGACCCUUGGUCAUAAGGGCUGGAGAAAUUGAAAAGGAAUUGGAGAAAGGUGUCAACAAACCAUUCAAAGAAGUUUUAAAGGCAAACAUUGGCGACUGUCAUGCCAUGGGACAACAACCAAUCACGUUUAUCAGAGAAGUGUUGGCGUUGGUUUCUUUGCCGAAACUUUUAGACGACCCUAGGUUUCCGGAAGAUGCUAAAGAACGGGCCAGAACAAUUCUGAAAGGCUGUAGAGGCCACUCUGUUGGAUCAUAUACAGACUCUCCUGGAAUAGAAGUCAUUAGAAAACAUGUUGCCGAGUAUAUUGAGAGGAGGGAUGGACAUCCUUCUGAUUGGCAAAAUGUUUUUAUAAGUGCAGGAGCUAGUGAUUCAAUCAAGAACGUUUUGAAACUUUUAAUUUGCCCAGUUAAUGGCAAGCCCCCUGGUGGCUUGAUCCCCAUCCCCCAAUAUCCUUUGUAUUCAGCCACAUUCGCCGAGUUUGGCAUCAAUCAAAUAGGUUAUUAUUUGGACGAAUCUAGAAAUUGGGGACUAGAUAUUGCUGAACUUCAGAGGGCAAUUACCGAGGCAAGAAAAGUUUGCAAUCCCAGAGCCCUGGUGGUCAUCAAUCCAGGCAACCCCACUGGCAGCGUCUUGUCCAGAGAAAAUAUUGAGGAAGUUAUCAAAUUUGCUUAUAAGGAAAAACUGUUCUUAUUAGCCGAUGAAGUAUAUCAAGAUAAUGUGUAUGCUGAAGGAUGCAAGUUCCAUUCAUUCAAAAAGGUUUUAGUUGAAAUGGGAGAACCUUAUAGCAGCAUGGAGCUGGCCAGUUUUAUGUCAUGCUCCAAGGGGUACAUGGGAGAAUGUGGAUUGAGAGGAGGUUAUGCUGAGGUAAUCAAUAUGGAUCCUGAAGUUAAAAAAAUGUAUAUGAAAGCUAUGAGUGCUAUGUUGUGCCCGACUGUAUUAGGUCAGGCUUGCUUGGAUACUGUUGUCAAACCACCACAGCCUGGAGAACCUAGUUAUGAACGUUUUAUUAAGGAAAAGCAAGGUGUCUUAGAUGAUCUUAAGCUCAGAGCUAAAAUGGUUGCAGACACAUUCAAUUCAAUGGAAGGGUUCAGCUGUAACACCGUUCAAGGCGCAAUGUACGCCUUUCCCAGAAUAACUCUACCCCCCAAAGCUAUCGAACAAGCGAAGAAAGAAGGAAAACACGCCGACGUGUUCUACGCUUUUGAAUUAUUAGAAAAUACCGGUAUUUGUAUAGUACCCGGUUCCGGUUUCGGACAACAACCCGGUACUUAUCACUUUAGGACCACUAUUUUACCACAAACCGAAAAACUGAAAGCCAUGCUUGCCAAGUUCGAGGAAUUCCAGGCUUCUUUUAUGAAAAAGUAUUCGUAACUUUAAAAUGUCGCCGUUAGUCGGGUUCUAGUAAUAACAUGUUGGUCUGUCGCAAAGCAAUUAUUAUUAUUAUUAUUCGAGUAAUUCAUUUGUAAAUUAAUUGAAUAUUUCCGCUGUGUUGGGAUGUUUCACAUUUUUAUAGAUCCUGCUAAAAUUGUGGAUCAAAUUGGCUUUUAUUAUAUAAUACUGUUUAUAUGUGUGCAUGACCCACUUUUUUUGACUUUAAAGAUUUUCUUUUUGAUUGUUUUUAAUAAAUAUUAAGCUCGAUGUAUACUCUCUUCCUUUUGUUUAAAAUGUUUACUGCGAUUUUGUUGGUGGUUAUAUUUUGUUUUUAAGUUAAUUAUUGAAAAUAUUACUGUAUUGUGAAAAAGUGAUUGUAUGACAUUAAAAAUGUAUUGUUGCA